CUCGUCUCAUCCCAGCUUCGAGUUGGGAGUGACAAGCGACGGAAGGGAGAGAAUUUGGAGUAGCAAUAUUGUGGUACAAAGUUUGCCACAUCAUUUUAUGAAUUAGGUGCUGCAGUGUGCCUCUAGGUGUCAUGGCUGACCAGUUCACAGAGCUGCCCUCAUAGAGACCCACAUCACCCGGCAACCCGUGGACACAGGCAAACACCCCGAGCCCUAACAACCACACGCACACACACGCUGCGACCGAGUCGUCCGGGGACUGUGAUGACCACAUCCCACAUGAACGGUCAUGUGACCGACUCGGAGGGCGGUCAGGGCUCCGGGGGAGAGGGUCACAGGGAGAUGGCGGUGGACUGUCCCAGUGACCUGGGUGCCAGGACGCUGCCGGCACGCCGCUCCGCCCAGCUGGAGCGCAUCCGCCAGCACCAGGAGGACCUGAGGAGGAGGCGGGAGGAGGAGGGGAGGCAGCGGCAGGAGCUGGACCUCAACGCCUCCAUGCGUCUCAAGAAGCUGGCCCAGAACCCCAAGGUCGGCAUCGACAACCCCACCUUCGACCCCGUGGAGGGGCCCGGGCUGCCCUUCGACCUGCCCCCCGGCCUGGGCGCACCCACACUAAUGGAGCUGGAGGAGCUGCUGCUGUCUCUGAAGCAGGUGCAGGGCUGUCUGAGCGACUCCCAGAGCCAGGCGGACAUCGAGCUGGUGCUGCAGCUCGUCCAGAAGACAGACUUCCAGAAGGCUGUCAACAUCCACAACGCCGUGGCCCAGAACAUGAACCGGCCCAGCCCGCCCUACCCCUUCACCGACCAGGCUCUCUCCCUGGCCCAGGAGGUCCAGUCCAUGGUUCUGUCCAGUCAGCACAAGGAGGGUCUAGAGCUCCACUCCCUGCUCACCUCUACACACAUACAGGCCGUGCUGCUGGCUCAUGACUGUGUGGCGGAGCAGGAGAUGCAGCUGGAGCCCGUGACCCCCCCGGGCGGGCCCUGUGAGACCCUCACCCAGUGGGGGGGGGAGACGGUCAAGAUCGUCCGCAUCGAGAAGGCCAGGGACAUCCCCCUGGGGGCCACGGUGAGGAACGACAUGGACAGUGUGAUCAUCAGCCGCAUCGUGAAGGGCGGGGCGGCGGAGCGGAGCGGCCUGCUCCACGAGGGAGAUGAGAUCCUGGAGAUCAACGGGGCGGAGAUCAGGGGGAAGGACGUCAACGAGGUCUUCGACAUCCUGGCGGACAUGCACGGGACUCUCACAUUCAUCCUCAUCCCCAGCCCUCAGAGUAAACCUGCUCCUGUUAAAGAGACUGUGGUCCACGUCAAGGCCCACUUUGACUACGACCCAUCAGACGACCCCUACGUUCCGUGUCGGGAGCUGGGGCUGUGCUUCCAGAAAGGGGACAUCCUCCACAUCAUCAGCCAGGACGACCCCAACUGGUGGCAGGCCUACAGGGACGGCGAUGAAGACAACCAGCCCCUGGCUGGGCUGGUGCCCGGGAAGAGUUUCCAGCAGCAGAGAGAGGCGAUGAAACAGACCAUAGAGGAAGACAAGGAGCCAGAGAAGUCAGGGAAACUGUGGUGCGCCAAGAAGAACAAGAAGAAGAGGAAGAAGCAAAUAUACAACGCCCACAAGAAUGACGACUUCGACAACGAAGAGAUUCUCACCUAUGAGGAGAUGGCACUGUACCACCAGCCGGCCAAUCGCAAGCGUCCGAUCGCUCUGAUUGGUCCGCCCAGCUGUGGUCAGAGUGAGCUGCGACAGAGACUGCUGUCCAGCGAGCCCGAGAGGUUUGGAGGAGCCGUGCCACACACCACGCGCAGCCGCAGGGACACGGAGGCCAACGGGCGGGACUACCACUUUGUCUCGCGGCAGGCCUUCGAGGCGGACACGGCGGCGGGCAAGUUCAUAGAGUCGGGCGAGUUUGAGAAGAACCUGUACGGAACCAGCAGUGACUCUGUCCGCCAGCUCAUCAACACGGGCAAGAUCUGCCUGCUCUGUCUGCACACGCAGUCGUUGAAGGUGCUGCGUAGUUCCGAUCUCAAGCCCUACAUCAUCUUCAUAGCUCCUCCCUCCCAGGAACGCCUGAGAGCUCUGCUGGCCAAGGACAACAAAAACCCCAAGCCGGAGGAGCUGCGUGACAUCAUCGAGAAGGCCAGAGAGAUGGAGCAGAACUUCGGCCACCUGUUUGAUGCGGCCAUCGUGAACACAGACCAGGACAAGGCCUUCCAAGAGCUGCUGAGACUAAUCAACAAGCUGGACACUGAGCCCCAGUGGGUCCCCUCCUCCUGGCUGCGCUGAGGAGACCCACACACGGUCUCUCUCUCUCACUCUCUCUUAUUCACAGUUAGCUGCAGAUUGUCUACCACCAGUGAACAAAUUUGUGACGACAAAUAUACACUUGUGUAUUGGCUUAGCUGAUCUCUAGGAAGAAAAGGCAGAGGAUUUGUUCUCUGUUUUGGUUCUUUACUUCCUGUUUCUGUUUCACUAAAUUAACCAAUCACAUUCCACCCUUAUGGAAAGACUUGGCACUUGGCAGCAGUAGAGUUAGACUGUCUCUCUUCUGCAAUUUCUCCGGUAGAGCUAUUUAUGAUUGUAAAUGUACAGUACGUUUUUUUUAGACCUUUGAGCCUCUAGUGCGCUUACACACACAGACACACGCAGACACACACAGACACACACACUUACACGCUGGGACCUACUGAAUGGACCUACGUAUACAGUACACACACACAGGUGAUGUUAAAACACACACACACACAUAUACACAUCCUACUCUAAGGUGUGUAUUGUGCUUUGUGAAGUAGCAGUCCUAUUGAUGAUGAUGAUGUUGAUGAUGAGGUCACUUCCUCCUCAGUACUGCACAGGUUUCUGUCACAUCAGCACCAUCCAGCUGUUUGUCUCUCUUCUCCACUACAUUAUGAAUGCUGUAUCUUUUACUCUGUGAUAUGUGUCAGGUCACCACAGAUAAGUGUUUCAAUGCGGUUUUAUUUGUGAUUAUCAUUAAGUCAACGUUUAAUACACAUCAGCAAGGUGAACUCAACCGAAAACAUCCUAAAUCUUUAAGGGUUAUUAAGAAGUUUUGUUUGUGUUGCGUGUGUCUUGUUUGUGUAGCUGGCUGGCUGGAUGCAUGCGUGGAUGUUUGUGUAUUUUGGGUGAGUGUGCUUGCACAGAGGCCAAACUGUCUCUGAGAUUCAGGCAAGUAUUAUCUCUAGUAGAUGACGGUGGGAACAGUUGAAGAAUUGUUUCAAGUUACUAUUAUUAUUAUGACACAAUUUUUAUUUUGAUAAUCACUGUGCAUUUAGAUUCUGACAUUUAUAUAUUUGUAAUAUUAAAGAUAGAUAUACGAAGUCCAGAAGAAUAAACCAAUAGGAUUGCUCCACUACACUUCCAUCCUACCUAUUGGAUCUGGUUGUGAGAAGAGGAGGUGCCUGUUGGCUCCUGUAGGUUCGAAUUUGUAACUGGAAGUAGAUUAAAUGAAUGUAAAGUUACUGUAUUAAGAAUCACCUCUUCUUUUUCAAAAUCUGUUUUUGUAUGAAUGUUUAAAACGAAUUAAAAUCAGAUUGAUAGA